AUGCAUCACAUGAAUGCCCAGUGCCUACAGAUGCCAGAAGAUGGUGACAGAUCCCCCGGAAAUGGAAUUGUGCAUUGUUGUAAGCUAUUGCAACGUAAAAUGCCCCAUGUUGUCUCCCCUGAGUCUCAUGUUAAGCUUCACUGCUGCUAUGUAGUGAUCAUGGUCCUCACUGUAGCUGUAGUUGGUCUUUCUGCUGCUUUGUCAGUAAGAAAGACAGAACAGAUCUCAAUCAAAAAGAUGGAUACUCCUUGCCCCAGCAACUGGAUUGGAGUUGGAAAUAAAUGUUUUUACUUUUCUGAAUACUCAAGUAACUGGACAUCCAGCCAGGACUCCUGCAUGGCACAAGGGGCCCAACUAGCUCGAACUGACAACCAGGAGGAGCUGAAUGUCCUAAGUAGAUACAAGGGGAUUUUUGACCACUGGAUCGGCCUGCACAGAGAGUCGUCAGAGCACCCUUGGAGGUGGACAGACAACACUGAGUAUAACAACUUGGUUCCCAUCCAAGGAGUGGAAAACUAUGCAUACCUGAAGAGUCACGGUUUCAACAGUGCCAGGGUCUAUGUAAAUCGAAGGUGGAUUUGUAGCAAGCUCAACAGCUAUAGCCUCCACUGCCAAACUCCUUUUUCUCCUUCCUAAUUUUUAAGAAGAAAUGCUUCUUAGCCUGUUAUCUAUGGGUGCUACUCUUUACCCUAAGGUUCUACAUUGCUAUCAAAACAAAUUAAGAGUAUUUCCUAACAUCACAAGUGAAAACCAACUUAGAGAGCUGCACAUACAGGGGAUUACAAGAACAUAGAUGAGUCUAAAAUAGAUGUUGGCACUCAUACCUCAAGCCUAAAGUACAACUAAUGUUCACGAACCCCACUUUUAUGUUAUGAAGUUUUUGUGCAGAAAAGUCCUUCUUUUGAAUUUAUGAGACCACAAAAAUGAGUCCCCCAACAUGCAUGUGACCUUUAAUAAUGAAAGCAAAAUGGCUGGGAUAGUGACAUGCAUCUGUAAUCCCAGCUAUGUAAGGGUUGAAACAGGAGGGUCACAGGUUCAUGAGUGGGGACUGAAAGCAUGAAAAUGCCUUAAUAAUGAUAGGGAAGAUGAGAAUCCAUCUGUAGCAUCCCAUCCUUUGGAGAGCCAUAGUAUACAUGCUUUUCAAAACUCAAGCCAACAUACAGAAGAAUUUAAAAAGUGUGUAAAAUUAAGGUUUACUUUAUACUCUGC